AUGGCGCCGGUGCACGGUGACGACUAGGUACCAGAUUCAGGGAGUUUUGUAGUAUCUCGAUCCCGACGAGAAAGAAAAACAAAGAAAGGGCGCCAAGAAGCUCUAGAGAGACUGAAAAAGGCUAAAGCUGGUGAAAAGUAUAAAUAUGAGGUUGAGGACAUCACAAGCGUCUAUGAAGAAGUUGAUGAAGACCAGUAUUCAAGGCUGGUUCAGGCCCGCCAGGAUGAUGACUGGAUUGUGGAUGACGAUGGUAUUGGCUAUGUGGAGGAUGGCCGAGAAAUUUUUGAUGAUGACCUUGAAGAUGAUGCUCUUGAUUCCAGCCAGAAAGGAAAAAGUAACAGGGCACUGAACAAAGACAAGAAGAGUGUAAAGAAGGCUGCAGUGACAAAACCAAACGAUAUUAAGUCUAUGUUCAUUGCUAAUGCUGGGAAGAAAACAACAGAUAAAGCUGUUGACUUGUCCAAGGAUGAUUUGCUAGGCGACCUCCUGCAGGAUCUGAGCACUGAGAAAUCUCCAAUCAUUCUACCACCUGUAAUAGUACAGAAGAAGAAAAAAUUGACUGGAGGUUCAAGGAAUCCAUUCUCUUUGCACACCCCCAAGGCAGUUCCUUCAGGAUCAACUGCUUCCCCUGUUGCACAGAAGGAAGCUCUAGCAACUCCUGUUCAUCUGAAACAUGCUGAAUUUACUGGGGAGAAGUUGAAGGCCUCAUGUAUAGAAGACAAAGAGGCGGAAGGGGCAAUGGGUUUUGAAGAUGGCGAUUUUGAUGAGCCCAUGGAAGUUGAGGAGGAAACCGUGGAGCCCGUGGCUGCUGAGAUUAGGGACCAAAAGAGUGAACCAGUGGAGGGGCUGAACCACGCAGCGGAUCCUGAGAAAGAGACCGUGACACACUUAGAAUAUUCUCUCCCAGAUGUCUCUUGUUGGGACAUUGAUCAGGAAGAUGAAAGCUGUAUCUCAGCUCAGGAAGUUCAAGUGGAUUCCAGUCACCUUCCAUUGGUAAAAGGAGGAGAUGAAGAACAAGUGUUGCAAUUUUACUGGCUGGAUGCUUAUGAAGAUCAGUUCAACCAACCAGGUGUUGUAUUUCUGUUUGGCAAAGUUUUGGUUGAAUCAGCCAGAACCCAUGUGAGCUGUUGUGUCAUGGUCAAAAACAUUGAGCGAACACUCUACUUCCUGCCUCGUGAAAUGAAAAUUGAUCUUAAUACAGGGAAAGAAACUGGAAUUCCAGUUACAAUGAAGGAUGUUUAUGAAGAAUUUGAUGAGAAAAUAGCAGCAAAAUAUAGACUUAUGAAAUUCAAGUCCAAGAUAGUGGAAAAGAACUAUGCUUUUGAGAUACCCGAUGUUCCAGAAAAAUCUGAGUACUUGGAAGUUAGAUACUCGGCGGAAUUGCCACAACUUCCUCAGGAUUUGAAAGGAGAAACUUUUUCGCAUGUGUUUGGGACCAAUACAUCUAGCUUGGAACUGUUCUUGAUGAACAGAAAGAUCAAAGGACCUUGCUGGCUUGAAGUUAAAAGUCCACAGCUCUUGAAUCAGCCAGUCAGUUGGUGUAAAUUUGAGGCAAUGAUUCUGAAACCCGAACUGGUGAAUGUAAUUAAAGAUGUUGGGCCGCCUCCUCCUCCACUUGUGGUGUUGUCUUUUAGCAUGAAGACAAUGCAGAAUGCAAAGACCCAUCAGAAUGAGAUUAUUGCUGUGGCAGCUUUGGUCCAUCACCAUUUUGCAUUAGAUAAAGCACCCCCCCAGCCUCCCUUUCAGUCACAUUUCUGUGUUGUUUCUAAACCAAAGGAUUGCAUUUUUCCAUUUGCUUUCAAAGAAGUCAUUGACAAAAAGAAUGUGAAGGUUGAAGUUGCCGCAACAGAAAGAACACUGCUAGGUUUUUUCCUUGCAAAGAUUCACAAAAUUGAUCCUGAUGUCAUUGUGGGUCAUAAUAUUUAUGGGUUUGAUCUGGAAGUGCUACUGCAGAGAAUUAAUGUGUGCAAAGUUCCUUACUGGUCCAAGAUCGGUCGACUGAAGCGAUGCAACAUGCCAAAGCUUGGGGGCAGGAGUGGAUUUGGUGAAAGGAAUGCUACUUGUGGUCGACUGCUCUGUGAUGUGGAAAUUUCAGCGAAGGAGUUGAUUCGUUGUAAAAGCUACCAUUUGUCGGAACUGGUUCAACAGAUUCUGAAGACAGAAAGGGUUGCAAUCCCAAUGGAGAAUGUGCAGAACAUGUACAGUGAAUCUUCUCAUCUCCUGUACCUGUUGGAACACACCUGGAAAGAUGCCAAGUUCAUUUUGCAGAUCAUGUGUGAGCUAAAUGUUCUGCCAUUAGCAUUGCAGAUCACUAACAUCGCUGGGAACGUUAUGUCCAGGACGCUGAUGGGUGGACGAUCGGAGCGUAAUGAGUUCUUGUUGCUUCAUGCAUUUUAUGAAAACAACUAUAUUGUGCCCGAUAAGCAGAUUUUCAGAAAGCCUCAGCAAAAAGUGGGAGAAGAAGAUGAAGAAAUUGAUGGAGAUCCUAGUAAACAAAAGAGGGGACGGAAGAAAGCUGCUUAUGCUGGAGGCUUGGUAUUGGACCCCAAAGUUGGUUUUUAUGAUAAGUUCAUUUUGCUUCUGGACUUCAACAGUUUAUAUCCUUCCAUCAUUCAAGAAUUUAACAUAUGCUUUACAACAGUGCAAAGAGUUGCUUCAGAGGCAGAGAAAAUGACAGAGGAUGGAGAGCAAGAACAGAUCCCUGAGCUGCCAGAUCCAAACUUAGAAAUGGGCAUUUUGCCAAGAGAGAUCCGGAAACUGGUCGAACGGAGAAAACAGGUUAAACAGCUAAUGAAACAACAAGAUUUAAAUCCAGACCUUUUUCUUCAGUAUGACAUUCGACAGAAGGCUCUGAAGCUCACAGCGAACAGUAUGUACGGCUGCUUGGGAUUUUCCUACAGCAGAUUUUACGCCAAACCACUGGCUGCUUUGGUGACUUACAAAGGAAGGGAGAUUUUGAUACAUACGAAAGAGAUGGUCCAGAAGAUGAAUCUUGAAGUUAUUUAUGGAGAUACAGACUCAAUUAUGAUAAACACCAAUAGCACCAACCUGGAAGAAGUAUAUAAGUUAGGGAACAAGGUAAAAAGUGAAGUGAAUAAGUUGUACAGGCUGCUUGAAAUAGAUAUUGAUGGUGUUUUCAAAUCUCUUCUACUGUUGAAGAAAAAGAAAUAUGCGGCUCUGGUUGUGGAGCCAACCUCGGAUGGGAAUUACUUCACCAAACAGGAACUGAAAGGAUUAGAUAUAGUGAGAAGAGAUUGGUGUGAUCUUGCGAAAGACACUGGAAACUUCGUCAUUGGUCAGAUUCUUUCUGAUCAAAACCGAGACACUAUAGUGGAAAACAUUCAGAAGAGGUUAAUAGAAAUUGGAGAAAAUGUGCUAAAUGGCAGUGUCCCAGUGAGCCAGUUUGAAAUUAACAAGGCACUGACCAAGGAUCCACAGGAUUACCCUGACAAAAAAAGCCUACCUCAUGUACAUGUUGCCCUCUGGAUAAAUUCUCAAGGAGGCCGAAAAGUGAAAGCUGGAGACACUGUGUCGUAUAUCAUCUGUCAGGAUGGCUCAAACCUCUCCGCCAACCAGAGGGCCUAUGCCCUUGAGCAGCUGCAGAAACAAGAGAAUUUGACCAUUGACACUCAUUACUACCUGGCCCAGCAGGUCCACCCAGUUGUGGCUCGGAUCUGUGAGCCAAUAGAUGGGAUUGAUGCUGUGCUCAUUGCCUCGUGGUUAGGACUCGACCCUACCCAGUUUCGAGUUCACCAUUAUCAUAAAGAUGAAGAGAAUGAUGCUUUACUUGGUGGCCCAGCACAGCUCACUGAUGAAGAGAAAUACAGGGACACUGAAAAAUUCAAAUGUUCAUGUCCUGCAUGUGGAACUGAGAAUAUUUAUGACAGCGUCUUUGAUGGUUCGGGAACUGAUAUGGAGCCCAGCUUGUAUCGUUGCAGUAACAUUGAUUGUAAUGCAUCACCUCUGACCUUUACAGUACAGCUGAGCAAUAAAUUGAUCAUGGACAUUAGACGUUGCAUUAAAAAAUACUAUGAUGGCUGGUUGAUAUGUGAGGAGCAGACAUGUCGGAAUCGAACUCGGCAUCUUCCCCUUCAGUUCUCCCGAAAUGGACCUCUAUGCCAAGCCUGCAUGAAAGCUACACUGAGACCGGAGUAUUCUGACAAGUCCCUGUAUACCCAGCUGUGCUUUUACCGGUACAUUUUUGAUGUGGAGUAUGCACUGGAGAAACUUAUUACCGAUCAUGAGAAAGACAAAUUGAGGAAGUUUUUAACCAGCAAAGUUCAGCAAGACUACAAAAAACUCAAGAACACAGCAGAGCAGUUUUUGUCUCGAAGUGGCUACUCUGAAGUGAACCUCAGCAAACUCUUCGCUAAUUGUGCCGUCAAGUCCUAA